GCCUUUCAUGGUCUCCUUACUUUGGACUAGCUGAUUUCUGAAGACACUGUUUUUAAAAACUUGGCUAGAACGUAAACCUGCAUUCAGAGUGGUUCUUGGCAUUUUAUUCAGCUUCAGCGCUCAGCAUCUGACUGUUUGGUGGUACAGUUGGAAUUGCCUCCCACCGGAGCUGCACAUUAGCCGGGGGUCUUUGACGAGUCCGCUGAGACUCUGAAGCUAGCAAUGUACUUUUAGAAGAUGUCGAAGGAAGGUGAUAAAAUCGAAAUUAACUAUUUAUGUGACCCUUGGAACUGCAAGCUCAUAUGCCCCAUUCUUGUAAGACACUGUGAGGAUGCCCUAAAGGAUGUACAAUUAGUUCCAUUUGACCCUAAAGUAACGCUGAUACAAAGAACGCAGAUAGCUGGACAGAUAAGGAUAGGUGAGCACCUCAGAGAACCUUUAACAAGUUGGCUCAGCCUCCUGCUGUGGGUGAUGAACAGCUCCUCCUAUUAUUCUGUUCUUUCUCUGGGGUUGAAAUCCUCCAGAGGGUUAACAGGGCUUGAAACCAGCCAUUGUGAGUUGAGGUUGGAUAUGUCCUCGUUGUACGUCCUUGGUCUUUGGAAUGUAUGAACUGUAGACUUUUCACAUACGGCAGAUUGCCAAAAGAAUUAUGCAACACUGGAAAGAUAAAUUUGCACCUGGCCUUCAGUGGGAACUAUUGAUACACGUUGUAUGUCAGUGCCCUUGGCUCCAGAACGUGGGACACAGCAUGAUGGAUUUUUCUUUAGGAAGGCAGGUUCCAAAUCAAUGGUAGGAAAACUUCCUCGCAGGAACAGCGGCUUCAAGGGGAGCCAGUGACUGAGUUCCCCUUCAUUGGAGGGGCUUAAGCAGAGGCUGGACAGGCCUCUCUCAGAAAUGCUGUCCUUUAAAUUCCUGCGCUGAGGGGAUGGACUGGAUGGUCUCAAGGACCAUGUUCCACUCCAGGAUUCUCUGGGUAGGUUUAAAGAAGAGGACUCUUUAGCAGUUCAGCAAAGGAAAAGGAAAGAAAAGUCAUUCUGUGGAUGAAAUAUUUCCAGUUCUUUUAAAAUACUGAUGGAAUUCAUGACUGCUGUGCAUUGGGGUGGCCCCAGACGCGCCACCGAUUGAGACAGAGGGCCACGUGGUUCCAGGCCAGCGAUGUGAGCCCCUGAGGCUGAAGGUUGCAGAAGGGCAGUUCGAUGCACCCCAGACCGGUGGCCUAACUGGCCAUUGGCUGCCUCUCGCUCAGCCCCAGAGAGAUUCCAGGCUGGUGGACCGGCACCUUUUCUCAGGUGCCUCUGGUUCCUUUUCCCCAGUCCUGCCGGGAGGGAGAGCGUGGGGGGGACAUCGCGGGGGAAGGCCAAGCAGUGUGCCAGGUGUGAGGAACUGCGAUCCCAGGAGCCCCACCUUCUGUGAGUGAGGGGUACAUGGGCAGAUGCUCACCUCCUGGCCCGGAGUGGCGUCGUCAGUCCCUUUUCCCUACACCUGCUGCUGGCGAGUGGGGCUGGACUGGCAUCUGGGAGCCCCAGCGGAGCCUGCACGUGGCGGGGGCAGCUGACAGGAUGCCACUGUUCGCGCCAUCUUCGGGCAGGAAGACCUCGAAGGGGAUCCUUCGCUCGUAUUCCUGGAAGAUCCCAGGUUCCUUGACUUCCUGCAGCACAAGCCAACGCGAAAUUUCCCCUCUGGGUUUGGCUGCUUCACAUAAGCGGCAGAGACGGAUGAUGGGACGUAACGCCUCCGCCCAGCAUUCCAGGCCCCAGCCCCUCGCCACUUCUCUGGCCGCCAGAGUGUGGGCACAGCGCCCGACCCUUCCGCCUGCCCGCUCCUGGGCUGCACCAGCCGGCUGCUGUGCUCCUCCGACCAUGCGUUCCCUCCGUGCAAGGGCUCGACUGCCUGGGGCAGGCUGGGCAUGACCGCCCCGGAGGGUCCCUGGUCGGGAAGACUGAGCGUGGGCCCAAGAAGCGGUGAGCAGAGGGCCCGGAAGGGGAGGCAGGGGUCGCUAAGGGGAGGGAGGCCCCGUUCUGUCCCCCGGACAGAACCCUCCUUGAGCCCUCGCUUGUCUAGAGGGAGGGAUGGGCCCCAGGGAGAGGGGAGGGGGGAAUAAGGCUGCCAGACUGCCCUUCCCAGCUGACCUCUGCUGCCGGAGGAGGCUGGAGCUUAGCAGACGGGAAUCUGGACCCGCAGCCCCAUCGUGACACCCUCUGGGGUGCGGCUCUUGCAUUUGGAGCCCAUCUGGGAAGGGAGCUCUGGGCUCCCUGGGGAGAAGGCGGCCGUGGUCCUCCUCCAGAAGGGUCCCCACUGGGGCCAGAGCAGGACGUGGCCCUGGCGCUAGGCGGCUCCCAGUUCAAGCUGGAGCGGAGGAGACCCCCGGAAAGGCUUCCAGCGCAGCCCCCCCAGCCACUGGGAGCCAGCAGGGGGGCCUCCCCGCUUCCCCCUCUGGCCGCCUCAGCCCGCCCGCCUUCCUCCAAAGGCCUUGUUGCUUUGCCAUGGCGACGGGCGAUUGUGUUGAUUCCCAAAUUUAGAGCAGAGGGCUGG